GUCAGCGAUCGGGCGGGGGCGCGUGCCGGGUGCCGGGUGGCCUUCACAAAGAGUGAAAUGGCGAGGAGCGGUAGGCCUCUGCGGCGGGUACUUUGCGAUGUUUUCGAAUUUCCAGCCUAUUUUGCCCGGGAGAGACAGUCCAGACACGUCGUCAGGUAUCUGUCAUCUUGUGGCAUUCUAAUGAACAGAACUCCAUUACUCAAGACACCAAGACAUUGCCCGAUACAACAAACAAAUUUUUUCAAUCUUGCUGGGCCACUAAUAAACAAGAAGAAAGAGUAUUCUGAGAGAAGAGUAAUGGGGUUUUCAAUGCUGGAAAUGUACAAUGUAGUGUCUGGUGUAGCUGACUACAAACAUUUUGUACCAUGGUGCAAGAAAUCGGACAUCAUAUCAAAACGCUCAGGGUAUGCUAAAGCUCAGCUAGAAAUAGGAUUUCCACCGAUAGUUGAACGGUACACUUCAGUUGUGACUUUGGUGCGACCACAUUUAGUUAAGGCUUCGUGUACUGAUGGUAGACUAUUUAAUCAUUUGGAGACAAAUUGGCGAUUCAGUCCUGGAGUUCCUGGAUAUCCAAGGACCUGCACUGUUGACUUUUCGAUAUCUUUUGAAUUCCGUUCUUUGCUGCACUCUCAACUUGCCACUGUUUUUUUCGAUGAAGUUGUUAAGCAAAUGGUAGCAGCAUUUGAAAGAAGAGCAAAGAAAAUGUAUGGUCCAGAAACCAACAUCCCACGAGAACUUAUGCUUCACGAGGUGCAUCACACGUAAAUAAAGGUUGGAAGGAACCGUUGUAGGUCCCCUUUAAAAGUUGUAUAAUUUAUUUAUUAGUGUGGUGCUUUUCCACAUCUGCAAAUGUGGGAGCGAUUUUCUUUACCUAUGUGUAUCACUUGAUUUUAUAAUUACACUGUAAUCUUUUUGGAAAGCCCCUCAGGCAAAGUGUUACAUAUAUAUAGAAAAUGCAUUAUAUAGAUGCAAGUAUACAUGUAUAUAAAGUGCAGAUAUUUCAGCUGUAACUAAAUGUAAUUUGUCUACAUGUUGUGGUGCAUUAAGCUGGACUGGCUGCAAAACCUGUUUUAACCUGGGCAGAUGGAGAAGGCAGCCAAGCUUCUAUUUAUUAAGAGAUUUUGGGCUGUUCAGGUAACAUGAGCAGUUAAAUUUUAGUGUUAAACACUAAUUCCAGAAAGUCACAUUAUACAUUCAAAGGCUGAUGAUUUUCACAUAAUUAAGCUGUAUGCCUUAACUAUUUUCUUAAAGGCCUGUCUCUCCUAAGAUUAAUGCGCCUACAAGUUCAAUUGCCAUAACAGCUUAAUAUUUAAGUGUUAAUUUAUGGAAAUAAAAUUCAUGGUUAGUCUCAAUUAGUGCUACUGUCAAAGCACCAAGAGCAGAAUCACCAAGUACUCUUGUUUUAAAUGUAGAUUAACAAAUUAUACCCAGUACAAGCAAGAUUUCAGCCUUUCUCCUUUGCCAGACUUUGCAUGGCAGCUUGUCGUGCUUUCCAGUCUUUGCCAAUAAUGUGCAAGUGCAACGUGAGUUUGUUUCCUCAAUAAUUCUAGUUCCCCUCCACAAAUCUUAUGAACUUGAGCCUCUCAUAACUUUUGAAAUGAGCACAUUGUCCUUUAAAUAGCAAGUUUCUACUGCAUGAGUUAAACCUUUUUUGUACUGAUUACACCUGUGUGUUGGGUCAAAACAGGGAAUACUCAUUCAUUUAAUCAUGGAUGAAAGUGUACACAUGUAAGUACUGUGAAGUAUUAAGUCAUCCUUGGGCAGUCCUAAUUUGAACUGCCUACAUAUUCCAUAGAAAUUAGCUCCAGUUUGUAACUGGGAUAAUAAAAUUAUGCUCUAUUUAUGA